AUGGAAUUUAGCAUAAAUAUGCUUCAUAAAUUACAAUUAAAGCAAGAUAUUGACGAGCAAGAAAUAGAGUCCCAAUAUCUUUGGUGCUGUGUUUUUCAUUCUCAUACCAUAUCAUAUAUCAAGCGAAUAGACUUAAAUAGCCUAUCAAUUACUGAGCAGGCUACACGAUUUACUCUAGGCAGAAAAUCUAUUCUCCCAAACAGCAAUAUCUACUGAGGAAUCCUCAAUCACCCUAGGUAUGGCUCAGCGAUUUUUAAUGACAAUUUUAAAUUUCCCAGUUUUCGGAAAAAAAAUAAGCUUCUGUUCAAUGAUUUUUGCUAUUAUAAAGGCGAAAUUUUCUCAUUUGGAAUGCCAAAUAUUGAAUGCAAAGCUACAUCAGCAAAAAAACUUAAUUUACACAAAAAUAGAUGAAAGGCUUUAGCGUCAUUACCUUUCAAGCUUGAUAUGAUUUCAUGCGUUGGAUUUAAUGAUAGAAUCUAUUUGACAGGAAAACAGUCUGGAUCAAUUUUUGAGUAUGAUAUUAUUUCUAAUUCUUACUCCGAAAUCAACAUGGACUUAGAGAGGAGAAGUGAAAAAUUUUUAUGCAAAAUGGGCGGGAAAAUCUAUUUAUUUGAUUCUUUAAGUGAAAAAAUCUAUAUUACAAAAGAUUGUUUCAAAACAUGAGAGGAGUUUUGUAGAUUUUCAAUAUCUCAGCAUUCCAAAAAUGCCCACAUGCUUUUCAAGUACUUUGAUUUUUAUAAAAAUUCUCUUUAUUUCAUUAUUAACUCAGAACUCUAUAGAUUUGAUUUCAAUGUAGAAGGAAUGAUCUAUAUCGGAACAAUUCAACAAAAUUUAAUAAUCAAUCACAUUAAAUAUAAAUAA